AUGAACUCAACGUUCACAGCAAAUGUACCAUUUCAAUGCGAUGAAGUUAGGCACAAGUGGUGCAACAUCAAGUCAUAUUUCAGUUCAGAGAAGCAGAGGAUGGACAAGGCAAAGAGAAGCGGUGCCGGCGGAGACGAAAACGUACAGACCAGCUGGAAGUUCUAUGAAGCUUUGAAAUUCCUACAACAUAUGAAUGAGCAUACACCAUCAGUGAAUAAUUUUAAUAAGUGGAGUUUGCAGAACCUGGACCCUGAUCCCAAUCCAUCGCGUAAGCUUGGGGAGCAACUGCAGCCUGCAGAAUGUUUCGAUCCAGGCUUGUUACAAGUAACAGCAGUAUCCAGUCGCUCCAAGAUACUAAAAACAUCUCUACAGAAGACACUAAUAGUGAUGCAACACCAAUUAAAAUCAUAUCGGAUGAGAUUGUAACUCCACCUCUGGUUACUUCGCAAAACUGUGGUCGGUUUGAUGACAAUAACAACAAUAGCACUAGAAAGUUGGUCCAUGCAACAAGAAAACGAAGAACAAAAAUUAAUAAUGAUUUGGAUGAAAACGCCUCUGCUUUAAUCGAAGCAUCACAAAAUUUAACAAAUGCCUUUCAUGUUGCAUCAAAAACAAAUAACACUGACGAAAAGGCAAACAGUUUUGGGAUAUACAUGGGUGAAGAAAUUGUAAAACUGGACCCCGACUUGCAACUCAAAGGAAGAAACAAAUGCAUGACAUUUUGAUGGAUCUGCAAAGUGAGCAAUUGAAACGGAAUGGGCUUAUGUAACACAAUGACUAUUUAUAUGUAUGUAUGUAUACUCAUAGACAAAAAUAGGAGUGUCCCUUUUUGUCAUGUUUUGACCAUUUUCCGUAGGUUAUUGAAUUUUAAUAACUUAUUUAUAAAACUUUAGUUAACUCUACAACCAAACACAUAUCACUAGAAGCUUUAAACUUUAAACAAAAUUCAAGAAAAUGCAUAAAAUUACAUAACAAUUUCGAACUUCCUUUUAAGUAUUUC